GGUGAGCGUGCUCUGUCCCCCUUUUCCCCCCAGCUGAGCCGCCUCUAUGGGGUGCCCCCCUGCCCCGACCCCCGGCAGUUCCUGGCCCACUUGGCCCGCCGGCAGGGCCGCCUCCGUCCGGGGGGUCUCCCGGACCCCCACGCCGCCGCCGUGGCUUUGCUGCACGAUUGGACCAGCGGGAAGAUCUCGUACUACACCCACCCCCCCAAGCGUGACGAGGUUGGGGUGCAGCUGGAGGCGCAGAUCCUACAAUCAAUGGGGCCGGAGCUCGACCUUGAGGCGCUGGAGAGGGGCGACGCUGAGGCGUUGGCGGCGGUUCCGGAGGUGGUGACGGGUAUUGAGAUGUCACCGUGUGUCCCCGAGGAAGAAGAGGAGACCAUGGAGGAAGGCCACGAGCGAGAAGACGACCUGGAACUCGGUGCGGUGACGGUGGAGCUGAAGGCGCGGACGAAGGCGGGGGGAGGAGGGGAAGGGGAAGAACCCCCACCCCGUGCCCCACGUUUGGAGGAGGUGGCCGCUCUCCCCCCGCUGCUGCAGGGCCAGGGGUUGGCAGCCGCUGGGAAACGGAGGAAAAAGCUGCAAAAAAGAGCAGAAAAAAUUGCCACCAAGCUGUCGGACACGCUGAUGGCAGCCAUGCAGUUCUGAAGGCGGAGGUUUCUUGUUUUUUGUAUGAAAUGGUUAAAAAGCAGCUUCGGCAAUAAAAACACGCGUGCGGCUGGGGCGUCCAGGCGGUCUGGGGACGUG